AUGCCGUGGGACAAGGAUGCUUCGCAAUGCGCUCAAUUUGACCGUGUUUUCCUGGUCCUUGGCAACCAUGAGUUCUACGGGAUCUCUCGAGAAGAUGGUCUCAAAGCUGCAAACGCACUUGAAGUUGAGCCGCAGCUGCUUGGCAAACUCUCUGUUCUGAAUCAGAGCCGAGUUGACAUCAACAGAAGAGUGACAAUCAUAGGCUGCACCUUGUGGUCCUAUAUUCCAAAGGAAUACCAGCUGUGGGUUAGGAUGAAGGUGGCUGAUCUCAGCAGAAUCAAUGACUGGACAGUUGAGAACCAUAAUACUGAACAUCUUCAAGAUGUACAGUGGUUGCAACAGGAGAUUCAUAAUAUUUCUCUUGAAGAAGAUAGGCGUGACUUGAUCAUUGUCACGCAUCACGCCCCAAGUGCCACGAAAACUGUUGACCCCAAACAUAAAUCAAAUCCUUGGGGAUCUGCAUUUUGCUCGGAUCUGCUCGAGUCCCAAGUCAAAUCUUGGCGAGGUUCCAAGAUAAUUCACCACUGGAUCUUUGGGCAUACACAUUGGAAUACAAAAUUCCGACAGCAUGGUAUGAUUAUAAGCAGCAACCAGCUAGGAUAUGACUCCCGAGGUAGUCGAGCACCGAGAUUUUUCAACUACUGGUUCCCUCAAUCUGGGCAGGAUUUUGUUAUCACAAAGACUGCUAAAGUGUAA